CCCCUGCCUGGCACCGCAACUGCGAGCGCGGAGCGGGCACGGCGGUGGAAGUGCUGCACCGUGAGGGGCCGCGCGAUGUGGCUGAAGCCCGAGGAGGUGCUGCUGAAAAAUGCCCUCAAACUGUGGGUUCAGGAGCGCUCCAACCAGUACUUCGUGCUGCAGAGGCGGCGGGGCUACGGCGAGGAAGGCGGAGGCGGGCUGGCAGGUCUCCUUGUGGGAACAUUAGAUGCAGUGUUGGACUCAACGUCGAAGGUCGCCCCGUUUCGCAUCCUGCAUCAGACCCCAGACUCCCAAGUCUACUGGUCCAUCGCGUGCGGAUCCAGCAGAGAAGAAAUAACAGAACAUUGGGAGUGGUUAGAACAUAAUGUUAUGAAGACUCUAUCAGUAUUUGAUUCAAAUGAAGACAUUACGAGCUUUGUCCAGGGAAAGAUAAGAGGUUUGAUUGCUGAAGAGGGAAAAGAUUCUUUUGUAAAAGAAGAUGAUCCUGAGAAGUUUCGUGAAGGUCUUAUGAAGUUUGAGAAGUGUUUUGGAUUACCAGAGCAGGAGAAGUUGAUUACAUACUACUCAUGCAGUUAUUGGAAGGGCAGAGUGCCCUGUCAAGGAUGGCUGUAUCUUAGUACCAACUUCCUUAGCUUCUACUCAUAUUUGCUUGGAGCAGAAAUAAAAUUUAUUAUCUCCUGGGAUGAAAUAUCAAAACUUGAGAAAACGUCCAAUGUGAUUCUGACAGAGAGCAUUCAUGUGUGCUCCCAUGGGGAAGAUCAUUAUUUUUCCAUGUUUUUGCACAUUAGUGAAACAUUCCUUCUCAUGGAGCAGCUGGCAAACUAUGCAGUUAGAAGACUUUUUGACAAAGAGACAUUUGAGAAUGAUCCAGUCCUUCACAACCCUCUGCAGAUCACCAAGAGAGGCCUGGAGAGCCAUGCCCACAGUGAACAGUUUAGUGCAUUCUUCAGGCUACCUAAAGAAGAGUCCUUGAAGGAAGUUCAUGAGUGCUUCUUAUGGGUUCCUUUCAGUCAUUUUAACACCCAUGGGAAAAUGUGCAUUUCAGAAAACUACAUCUGUUUUGCUAGCCAGGAUGGCAGCCUGUGCAGUGUAAUCAUUCCAUUGAGAGAGGUCACAGGGGUGGAUAAAACAGAUCCAGCCAACAGAGGAGUCAGCAUUAGUACCAAAGGGAAAACAGCUUUUCGUUUUACAGAGGUGAGAGAUUUUGGACUGCUUGUGGCAAAGCUCAGAAUGAAAUGCAAUGCAGCUGCAAGUCCACAACACAUCGUAAGUACUGAGGUUGCAACUGGUUCUGCCUCUGACAAUCCAAAGGAUUUUGGUGCAGGACAGUUGAAGAUUGGCCAGAGAGAUAACAGCAAAACUGUCAGUACAGAAGCACUAAUGACUGUCUACCAUCCUCAGGAUGCUGAGAACCUUGACUCUAAAAUGCUGAAAGAAAAAAUGAAGGAACAGUCGUGGAACAUCCUGUUUGCAGAACGGGGCCAUGGGGUCAGUAUGUUUCGAACAAAGAAGACUCGAGACCUAGUUUUAAGAGGCAUCCCAGAGGCAUUAAGAGGAGAACUCUGGCUGCUCUUCUCAGGUGCUGUAAAUGAUAUGGCAUCCAACCCUGGUUAUUACACUAAGUUGGUGGAAAAGUCCUUAGGAACGUGCACUUUGGCUACUGAUGAAAUUGAACGAGAUUUACGUCGCUCCUUACCUGAGCAUCCUGCUUUUCAAAGUGACACAGGAAUUUCUGCCCUCAGAAGAGUUCUUACAGCUUAUGCAUUCAGGAAUCCACAAAUUGGAUAUUGCCAGGCAAUGAAUAUUCUAACAUCAGUGCUUCUGCUGUAUGCUAAAGAGGAGGAAGCAUUCUGGCUUUUGGUUGCUGUGUGUGAAAGGAUGCUCCCUGAUUACUUCAAUCGCCGAAUCAUUGGUGCCUUGGUAGAUCAGGCAGUGUUUGAGGAGCUCAUCAGGGUUCACCUGCCUCAGUUGACAGACCACGUGAUGGACAUGACUUUUUUCUCUUCAGUCUCUCUCUCCUGGUUCCUUACCCUUUUUAUCAGUGUCCUGCCAAUUGAAAGUGCAGUCAAUGUGGUGGACUGUUUCUUCUAUGAUGGAAUAAAGGCAAUCUUGCAGCUGGGCCUUGCAGUGCUGGAAUACAACAUGGAGAAGUUGCUCACUUGUAAGGACGAUGCAGAAGCAGUGACUGUUCUCAACAGAUUUUUUGACAGUGUCACUAACAAAGACAGUCCUUUGCCUCCAGCUGUGCAGCAGGGCUCCAACCUCAGUGAUACAAAGAGUGACCAUCCAAAAGUGGACAUCACUGAUCUGAUCCGAGAGUCAAAUGAAAGAUACGGUGAUAUUUGCUAUGAGGAUGUUGAGAGCUUGCGCUGCAGGAACAGGCUUUAUGUGAUCCAGACCCUGGAAACUACAACCAAACAGAAUGUGCUACGUGUUGUGUCUCAAGAAGUAAAAUUCAGUCCUAGUGAACUUGAAGAGCUUUAUGAAUUAUUCAAGAAGGAGCAUUUUCUUUCCUGUUACUGGAGUGUAAAUAGUCCUGUCCUGCAACAUCACGAUGCCAGUCUGCCCUACCUUGACCAGUACCGGAUUGAUUGCCAACAGUUCAGGGUUCUCUGUCAUCUCCUGAGCCCCUGGUCACACUGUGCAAACAGAGACUCUCUGGCCCUGUGGACAUUCCGACUGAUGGAUGAGAACUCCAACUGCCUUAUAAACUUCAAACAAUUUGCCUGUGUUCUUGAUACGAUGUAUAAUGGAAGCUUCACUGACAAACUCAAGCUUCUUUUUAAGUUGCACAUCCCUCCAGCUUUUACUGAAGUAGAAUCUCUAAACCUUUCCAAAGGGAAUGAUCUUUCAAGAGAAGAACUGAUCCACUUCAGCCAACUCAGUGUUUCGUCUGUUGGGGAUAAUCUUGAAAGUGAUUCUUUGAAGAGCAGCCCAGAAAAAGGGAAGGGGAAGGUUGAUAUUCAGGCAUAUCUGAAGCAAUGGCAAGAUGAACUUCUUAAAAAAGAAGAAAACGUCAAGGAUUUGCCAAGAAUGAAUCAGUCUCAGUUCAUCCAGUUUUCAAAAACUCUCUACAAUCUGUUCCACGGGGAUCCUGAGGAGGAACUGUUGUAUCAGGCUAUCGCAGUGGUGACCAGCCUCCUGCUGAAAAUGGAAGAAGUUGGCAGAAGAUUGCAAAGUCCCAUGUCACCUGUCAGAAGUCCAGUUGCUAUUACAGAAAUAGCUGCUGAAGUGCCCAGAGAGAGGCAGGAGGAAAGCAGCUCUGAGCAGACUGAAGGGAGUAGAGCACACAGUUUGGAAGGGAACCAUGAGUGGUCUUUUGCCUUUGAACAGAUUCUGGCAUCCUUAUUAAAUGAGCCAGCCUUUGUGAGAUUUUUUGAAAAACCUCAUGACAUAAAAGCUAAAAUAGAGAGUGCUAAAAAUUUACAACUUAAAGCAAGAACCAGAGUGUAAUUUUCUUUACAUUUGACUCUGAUUCAAUCACAUAAAGUGCUUGCAAAUGAAGGCUGUAACUAUGGAAAUCAAGUCCGGUGUUCACAUAGGGAAUGAAGUUCGAAGAAUUAGCUUCAAGUAUCAAUUAUUGGUAUGUAAUGUAAAUAAAAACACUUUGAAGCACA